AUGACAGGAGAAACCGCAACAGCUGGGGUGGAAAGCGCACCUCAGCCUUCGCCUGAUCCCGGUCCAUUCCUCGGCCCAGGCAAUGGCAGCAACGUCUCCCAACUCGCCACCAUCGCCUACCAAACUGCUGAAGACGAAGGGAGAAACAUUGAGGAAGACUGUAUCGUGUCCACGACCAUAGUCCGAUCCAAGCAAUCCCACUCGCCCGAGGACGAUGAUCAAUUCAGGGACUUGGCCGAAGUCAUUGCUCCUGGAACCAUCGUACAGGGCGACUAG